ACCAUGAAACUGGAAAGAUUCCCUGGCUGGUUGAAGGCUGUGACCUGUGGGCUCCUGCUUCUCUUCCUGCAUGUACAAGGCCAGGACUCAGCCAGCCCCAUCAGGAACACACACACUGGCCAGGUUAGAGGAAGCCUCGUCAAGGUGAAAAACACCGAAGUUGGUGUCCACAGCUUCCUGGGAAUCCCCUUUGCCAAGCCACCUAUAGGACCACUGCGUUUUGUACCCCCUGAAGCCCCUGAGCCAUGGAGUGGUGUGAGAGAUGGGACCUCCUAUCCAGCCAUGUGUCCACAAAAUGAGGAUAUGAUGAAUUCAGGGGUUUUGAAGAUGAUAAAACACUACAUGCCUCCCAUCUCUAUGUCCGAGGACUGCCUAUAUCUCAACGUCUACACACCAGCGCAUGCCCAUGAGGGCUCUAACCUGCCUGUGAUGGUGUGGAUCCAUGGUGGUGCUCUGGUUAUAGGCAUGGCUUCUAUGAUUGAUGGGUCCAUACUGGCAGCCACUGAGGAUGUGGCUGUGGUCACUAUCCAGUAUCGCCUGGGAGUCCUGGGCUUCUUCAGCACUGGAGACCAGCACGCCAGAGGCAACUGGGGCUACCUGGACCAAGUGGCCGCCCUGCGCUGGGUCCAGCAGAACAUCGCCCACUUUGGAGGCAACCCUGACCUUGUCACCAUCUUUGGCGAGUCAGCAGGUGGCACAAGUGUGUCUUCACUUGUUGUGUCCCCCAUGUCCAAAGGACUCUUCCACAGAGCCAUCAUGGAGAGUGGAGUAGCCCUGUUGCCUGGCCUCAUCUCCAGCUCCUCUGAGGUGGUUUAUGGAACUGUGGCCAAUCUAUCUGAUUGCGCAGCUGUGGACACAGAGACGCUAGUGCGCUGUCUACGGGGCAAGAGUGAAGCAGAGAUUCUGGCUAUUAACAAGGUCUUCAAGGUCAUCCCCGCAGUGGUGGAUGGAGAGUUCUUCCCCAGGCACCCUGAGGAGCUCUUGGCCUCUGCUGAUUUUCACCCUGUCCCCAGCAUCAUUGGUGUCAACAAUGAUGAGUAUGGUUGGCUUUUCUCUAUGGUGAGGCUCAUUUCUAAUCUUCUGGGAGCCUGGGAUGGGCAAUGGGAACUCAGAGAUUCUGCCUGUGUCUCCCCAUUCUUCUUGAUUCCUGUGGUACAGAUGCUGCCUCCCGAGUGUAGUGAACUGAUAAUGGAAGAGUACAUGGGGGACACUGAGGACCCACAGACCCUCCAAAUACAGUAUGCAGAGAUGAUGGGAGACUUCACGUUUGUGGUCCCUGCACUCCAAGUAGCACAUUUUCAGCGUUCCCACGCUCCUGUCUACUUCUAUGAGUUCCAGCAUCGGCCCAGCUUUUUCAAGGAUAUCAAACCACCCCAUGUAAAGGCUGACCAUGGUGAUGAGAUUCUUUUUGUCUUUGGGUCCUUCUUCUGGGGUGUGAAAAUUAACCUCACUGAGGAGGAAGAGCUACUAAACAGGAAGAUGAUGAAGUACUGGGCCAACUUUGCAAGACAUGGGAACCCCAACAGUGAGGGUCUACCCUACUGGCCCAUGAUGGACGAUGAUGAGCAGUACCUGCAGCUGGACAUCCAGCCUGCUGUGGGCCGAGCCCUGAAGGCCAGAAGGCUGCAGUUCUGGACCCAGACUCUGCCCCAGAAGAUCCAGGAGCUAAAGGGGGCUCAGGAGGGCCACAAAGAGUUGUAG